ACAGUCUUGACAGAAAAACACUCAUCUUGAAUAUUUUCUUUUAGUUGAGUUGGACAGUUUAAUAAAAGAUUUGAUCAGCAAAUUUCAACAAAAAUUGUUUCGAAAAGUCAAUUUCCCAACCGGGAGAAGAUGUAACCAUCUUUGUUUGAAUCAAAAUAAUAAUUUGCCAAGGAAAGUGUCAAUAUUUUUGCUGUCAGUUAAUACGAGAGACAGUGCAAGAUGUCGAGACACAGAGAAAUACGGAAAAUAAAUUACACAGAAUAUGGUCUCGACUAUGAUGAAUAUGGCCGUUCGGUGGAAGACGACGCGCCCAUCUCUCCAACCGAUGCCCGACAAUGGCUAUUCGAUCGUGAGCGUGGUCAACAGAGUGUGUCAUCGUUCCUAGCCAAUCAUCGUGACAUCGAAGAAGAGGACGAAGAGCAAUGCGAACCGAACCGGAGAAAUUCGGAAUCAUUCGAGAGGCCACCACUGGCUGAUGACGACCGGGCGAAAUUGGAGUCAGCCAUCGACGAAAUUCGAAAUGUUAUCGGCGAUGCUGCGUCCGAUCGUCAAUUGGUCGCAACGGUUAUGCGUAAUAAUUUCGAUUAUGAAAAAUCGCUGGCUGAAAUUUUGAAUGAGAUGAGCCAGAAGCAAGAGCCACAGGUGAAAGUGAACGAGAAGAAGGAGACGAUCGAAAAAGGUAUUGGAUCUAAGCUUCUGGACAAUUUCAAAAAGCCGGCAGUCAACACACCAAUCAUUAUAUUACCAAUCAGUGAUCGAACGGCAAUUCGUCGAGGAUUUGAACCGAAUUCACCGCAAGUUCAGUCACCAUCAACAUCCGGACGAAAUACGCCCGAAAUAACCGACGAAAUUCGUAGUCGCACUAAGGAGCAAGCGUCACGUGAUGCCAUGGACUUGUUUAAGAAGGAACGUGGCGAUGAGAAGGAUUACAUUCAUAUGGUGGUUAUUGGGCACGUCGACGCUGGAAAGAGUACGUUGAUGGGCCAUACGUUGUUCGAUUUGGGAAUUGUAUCAAAGCGCCUGAUGCACAAGUAUGAACAGGACAGUAAAAAAAUGGGUAAACAAAGUUUCGUGUACGCUUGGGUUUUGGAUGAAACGGGAGAAGAGCGCGAAAGAGGAAUAACAAUGGAUGUGGGCAGCACUAAAUUCGAAACACCAACCAAAGUGGUGACGCUAUUGGACGCUCCGGGACACAAAGAUUUUAUUCCGAAUAUGAUAUCCGGUGCGACCCAAGCUGAUGUGGCUCUUUUGGUUGUCGAUGGAACGAGAGGAGAAUUCGAAACGGGCUUCGAGCAGGGAGGUCAGACCAGAGAACAUGCGAUGUUGGUGAAAUCGCUGGGUAUCAGUCAACUUGGAGUGGUUGUGAAUAAGUUGGACACGGUGAAUUGGUCGAAAGAGCGUUUCGACGAAAUCGUCUCCAAACUCAGCGUCUUCCUUCGCAAAACUGGAUUCAAAGACGACGACAUCACCUAUAUUCCGUGUUCCGGUCUAACUGGAGAAAAUUUAGUAAAUCCACCGUCAGACAGUGAACUCGUAUCGUGGUACAAUGGGCCGACUCUAAUUCAAGUGAUAGACAAAUUUAAAAUGCCCGAACGAUCCAUCGAUAAGCCAUUCCGAAUGUCUGUUAGCGACAUUUACAAGGGUACCAGUUCCGGGUUCUGUGUCUACGGUCGUAUUGAAACGGGAGUGUUGCGUACCAAUGACAAAAUACUCGUCUGUCCAUUGAAAGAGCAAGCGGUUGUUAAAGGAAUCACAAUCGAUGAUAUGGCCCGGACAUCCGUGUUUGCUGGUGAUCAUGUGGCAGUGACGUUAUCUGGCGUCGAUGUCAGUAAUAUGUCCGUUGGAUGCAUUCUGUGCGACAUCAGCAACCCGAUACCAAUGACUCAGCGAAUCCGAGCUCGAAUUAUUGUUCUCAACAUUAAGGUGCCAAUUACCAUUGGAACGCCAGUUCUAUUGCACCAGCAGUCUCUGAUUGAACCGGCUGCCAUUGUCAAAUUGAACGCGCAGCUCAAUAAGACAACUGUUGAAGUCAUUAAAAAGAAUCCGCGCUGUUUGGGUAGUAAUUCUCAUGCGGUGGUCGAAAUUGAAACAACGAGAGCCAUUUGCAUUGAACGGUAUGAUGAUUGUAAGGAAUUGGGGCGAGUGAUGCUUCGAGUUGGUGGUGUUACAAUUGCUGCCGGUGUUGUUAUGAAUAUAUUGAGGUGAAUGUUCGUUGAUCGAUCGAGUUACUACUUGAAAUAAAAUUGACCUCGUCUUUUGCAUUUUGAAA